AUGAACGGCACACCUCGUCUUCGCUCCGGCGCCUUCCCCUCGACGCCGCAGUCGACGCGGCGCAACAACCUUACGCCUCAGAAGCUCCCCGACAUUACCCAGCUACGCCCUGCUGCCACGCGACAAGCUCUAGAAAAUGACGGUCCGUUGAUUCCAGUCGACACGUUGGACGCGCCGACCCAGCGUCUCUAUGUUGUCGGCUUCUACCUGGCUCUGGUUGGCUGGAAAAUGUACGACCACUUUUACCUGAAAGAGGAGGAAACAGAAUCGCUGUGGCUGUUUAUGAAAUGGGUCGCCUUUGAUGGCAUCUUCCUGUUUGGCCUGCCCGAGUUGCGCAUCCCCUGGCUCGAGUGGUCUUCGGCCACCAUGCUGCUUCUUUUCCUGGCCCACGCCGCCCUCGACGCCGUCCUCAUGUUCCGCAUCCAGCUCCCACUUGGUGCUGGUCUUGCCGCUAUUGGCAAAAUAUUCUACGACCGCGAAUUGGGCGUCUCUGGUCACCACGUCAAGCAAUCGAGCAUCCUCCACAACUCGUCCUUGAUUCUGGGAAAACAGAUCAUCCACAUCCUGCCAGAGGGCUCUGCUAUUUUGAAUCCCGCAAAAAAGUCCUUCUGCCUGGAUUCUGCGAACCAACAAGUCUAUCUUCCCAUCCAGAUCAACCAAACUACCCCAGUGAGCAUUGACUUGCUGCGCCACGAGUUUGACGGUGCAACAAACGAGACCAUCCACAUCUCGGCCAAGGAAAUCAAGAAGUUGAUGAAAGACGCUGCUAGACAAGCCUCACACCCUGCUUCGAAUGAGCCGCUCCUGCUACGUUAUCCUACAAAGAAAACUGGCAGAUAUAUGCUGGCCAAAGUCAUGGACGAAUCUAAGCUCGAGGUCCAGAGAAAGCGCGUUGGUGACACUAUUGUUGUCACUUGUCCUCAGGCCGUUAUCAAGUCUUCAACACCAGACGCUUGCAAGGGUGACUUGUCCAACAUCGACCUCGAAGUAAUUGGAACUCCCCCACUACGCAUUAAGUACCGCAAAAUCACAAACCAGAGAGAGCAAGAGGCUCACUUCCAGAGCAUUCAACCCGACGACUUUGUCUCACCUCUGAUUCAGCAGUCCUCUGAUUCUCUGGCUAUCCGGAACACCAAAGAUAUCUCCUGGGCCCGUGCCCAGACUGUCACUGUUCCCCUCAGGGAGCACAUGGGUGAAAGCGGCAAGUGGGUCUAUUCCAUGGAUGAAGUCGAGGACGCAUUCGGAAAUGUUGUCUAUUACACCGAACGCCAGCAUGACGACCAGGACAAGCCUUCCACCAAAGCUGCACAUCUUCAUCAGGUUGUCACUGUUCAUGAGCGCCCCAUCAUUGUCAUGAGCGGUUGCGAUUCUCAGCACCCUCUCAAGGUCGCUAAAGAUAGCUCCAUUACGCUACCUGUGCUGUAUGGUUCUACCGCAGCAAAGGGCAAUGGAGGCUUCCUCGGCACUCCUUACAACAUCGAGUACAAAUUCACCCCCGAAGGUCAACUUCAGUCCAACGGCGAUCACAGCGAAGCAGCUCAAAUCAAGUCAAUCUCCAUCAAAAACCAAUCGCAGAGCCCCGAUGUUCAAGAUGCUGGUCUGUACACGCUUCACAGUGUGUCGACCGGAAUCUGCGCUGGCGAAGUCUUGGAGCCUUCAUCGUGUCUGCUGCAGAACCCGGCCGAGCCCAGCCUCCGCAUCGAUAAGGAGGAAAUCUUCGACAAGUGCGCCAACAAGCCCAUUGGUCUGCGCGUCGACUUCCACCUCACAGGAACACCCCCGUUCAACAUUCAAUACCAGAUUACAAAGAAGGAUAGUCCCCAUCAUGUGACACAUACUGAGAGAGUCAAUGGCCUGCGUGGCCAGAUUGAGUUGACUCCUCCCACAGCUGGCCACUACACGUAUCAUUUCUUCGAGAUUAGUGACGAUGUGUACAAGGAACAUCAACUCAAGGGGGAAGACAUGGUCAUCGAGCAGGACGUCAAGCCUUCGGCAUCUGCCAACUUCAAGGAGUCGUCUCCUUCCCGCAAGGUGUGCAUUGACCAGGCCGUCUCAUUCGAUGUCGCCCUUCGUGGAGAGGGACCGUUCACAGUCGAGUACGAGCUUGUUCGCGGCAGCAGUAGAAAACGCCACACUCUUAAGGAGAUUGAUGGCGAUCAGCUUACUAUCAGCACAAGCCCCUUGACCAAAGGCGGUGAUUACACACUUGCUCUGGCCAGUGUAACCGAUAGAAUGGGUUGCAAGGAGUUCUUGAAGCAGGAGGCCAAGAUCAACGUUCGUCAUCAGAGACCUAAGGUCUCCUUCGGGCAGAUCGAAGGUUCGCGCGCCAUCAAGACUUUGCAAGGCAAGACCAUGAGAUUACCGCUGAAGCUCACCGGAGAAGCACCCUGGACUGUUCGUUACCGCAACCUUCGCGAUCCCGAGCACUCGCACAAGAUCAAGGUGGACAGUCCCAACGGACUCUUUGCCACUUCAGAGGAAGGCAUGUACGAGCUUCUGGAAGUCAAUGAUGCCAUCUGUCCUGGUUCUGUUGACGAGAAUGCCAAGAAGUUCAGCAUUGAUUGGAUCGAGCGUCCUCAGUUGAGAAUCCCUGAGACUUCAUAUGACAGAGUUGAAGGUGGCAAGUACAUCAAGAAUGAUGUCUGCGAGGGUGAAGACGACUUGGUCAACGUUCACUUCUCUGGUGCUCCACCAUUCCAAUACAAGUACGACGAGAUUAUCGUGUCCGAACGUGGUGUCAAGUCAAAGCGUAGCAAGGCAGUCACCGCCGCACUUGGUGUUUCGUCUAUUAACCUUGAUACUGCACAAGCGGCCGUGAUCGAUUACGUGUUCACCGAACUUGCCGACGACAACUACGACCACAGCUCGAAGCACUUCACUCCGGUCACCAUCCAACAACGUGUUAACGCUCGUCCAUCUGCACGCUUCAACAACCCUGGUAGAACAUACAGCUACUGCUCUGUAGAGUCUGCUGGAGAAGAAGUCAUUCCCAUCACCCUGGAAGGCAAGCCACCGUUCGCCAUCGACGUUGAGAUUAAGCACCAUGGCUCUGCCCGUCCCGAAAUCUUCUACGUCAAGGACAUCAAUAAGAAUAUACACGACCUCCGUGUGCCUCACCAGUCUUUGCAUCUGGGCAAUUCUGCUGUGUCUAUUCGUCGCGUGACUGACAGCCGUGGCUGCAGCCGCAUCCUCGACAACGCAUCUCCCAGAGUUCAAAUCGCCGUCCACGACGCUCCUACGAUUCGUUCACUGGAGAACCAGGAAGACUUCUGCGUCGGUGAUCGUAUCUCAUUCGCUCUCUCUGGCCAAGCUCCUUUCCAAGUCUACUACGAAUUCAACGGCGUGGCUCGCAAAGCCAGCUCCGGCUCAACAACCUUUAAACGUCUGGCAGAGAAGCCUGGAACUUUCACCAUCACCGGCGUCAGCGACUCUGGCUCUUCCUGUCGCGCUUCCACCAGUAUCGAGAAGAAGAUCCACGGCAUGCCUUCAGUACGCGUGGGCAAGGGCGUCGAGUCUCAAGUCGACAUCCACGAGGGCGGUGAAGCUGAAAUCACUUUCGACUUUGGCGGUACACCGCCCUUUGAGUUCACCUGGACACGCAGCACCAAUGCUCGCCGUGGCCAGAGAUCUGAGGUGUUGGAGAUGAGAAGCGAGUUGUCUCAAGAUCACCACAUGGCUAUCAGGGCCAGUGAGGAGGGUACUUAUGAGGUGGUGUCUAUCAAGGACAGGUAUUGUGCCUAUGCUAAAGAAGGCAUUGAUUUGACAAAGAAGAAGGGCAAGCUGCUUACAUAUUAA